CCUAUAUCAUACUUUACGCUCUCUCAUAAACCAUCUAGCUAGUGUUAAGCAUCGCUACAGAUUCCUCUUCUCAAGCAAUGGAGACUGAUCUGAUAUACGAUGAUUCAAAUUCCGCGACACCCUCAAACCCUAGCCGAACCCUAGUUCUGGUCGGUCGUACUGGAAACGGAAAGAGUGCAGUAGGGAACAGUAUCCUUGGAAGAAAGGCGUUUAUGUCCAAAUUAUGUUCCCGUGGAGUCACCAACACAUGUCAGUCAGAAAGAGUUGUGCAAGAUGAUGGCCAAAUUAUCAAUGUCAUUGAUACUCCUGGACUAUUUGAAAUUUCAAAGGCAGCUGACUCUAUCGAGAAAGAAAUUUCAAGGUGCACAACAAUAGCCAAAAAUGGAAUCCAUGCUAUCCUGUUGGUGUUCUCUGUGAGGGAUGGUCUUAGAGGAGAUAAGGAAGUGUUUAGUCACUUGCAAACCCUUUUCGGCAGUAAAAUCGCUAACUAUAUGAUCAUUGUCUUUACGGGUGGUGAUGAAUUGGAAGUGACUUUGGAGGAUUAUUUGACUCCACAAGAGUGUCCACCAUUCCUAAACGAAAUUCUUGAGCUAUGUGACAACCGAUUGGUACUGUUUGAUAACAAGACCAAAGAUAAUCUCAAGAAGGUUGAGCAAGUUGAGAAGCUUCUUGCACUUGUUGAGUUGCUUGCAAAGCAGAACAAUGGUAAACCCUAUACGAAAGAGUAUUUCAAUGAGCUACAGGUAGAGACUAAAGAAUCAGAAAUGACGCUAGAGAAACAACUAGCUGAUCAAGAGCAAGAUGCUCGAUUUGAGUAAGAGGCUGAAAGAGUAGUAGACAAAGGAAUUUAAGAGAAAGUUGCAAUAAUGCAUCAACCUUAGAUUUCGAUAUAUUUCUUCAUUUACUUUUAUGUAUAUGGUUUUUUUUUUUAUUGUUCCUUUUUAAUGUCACUAUCUGGUUUUAUGAUUUAAAGACAAAAUCAUGUGGCUACAUACAUUAUUAUGGUGUUUUCUUUUAGUGUAUUUUAUUUUUAUUUUA